AUGUAUGACCUCGAAUUAAUGGUGGAUCCGUUGUACGAGAUGGUGCCGAGCCCGGUGUUCGGCUGCUCAAUGCUCCUGUUCUUCUUUCUGAUCCGAUUUCUCAAAGUCUUCUCGCAUCCCGACACUCCCCGAGUCUACACGAAGGAAACGGAGGACCCGAAAAGCCCGUCCAUCUUUCAAAUCCUCAGAAAUUGCCCGAUUCUGAAGGAAAAGUGAGGAUUUUUGGGGUUUUUGUUGAAGUUACUGGGUUAAUUAAAUUUUUGAAAAAGAAAUUUAUUCGAUUUUUAGGAUUUUUUGAGAUUUUUUUAUUAUUUUAGGUAAUUUUUGACGUUUUUUUAAAAAUUUUUGGAAGAUUUUACGGAUUUUCUAAAAAUACAGUAAUUUACAGAUAAUAAUGCACUAUUUGGAAUCCAAAACAGUCUAUUUUUAGUUUAUUCGUUAGCUGUUUUAUAAAGAAAUUUUUUCAAUUCUUUUGUCCUAAAAUGAUUUUUUUGCUGAGAGAAAGGAAAAAAGUAUAACUAAAGAAUGUUGCAGUAACCUGUGAGUGUAUAGUCGUAUUUUGAAAACAACAGACCUCAUUUCACACAACUUUUUAUAUUAAUUUAGCUAUUUUUCCUCAAUUUUUGUAAAAAAAUCUUUUUUUUUAUUUUCGAACAGACGACGUUUAAAAUUAAAUUUUUGAGAUGUUACAGUAACCUAUGGGUCCUGAGAGACUAUUUCAGUUAGACAUUUCUUUGAUUUUUGCUACUUUUUUCCUUAUUUUUGGAGAUUUUUUUAAUUUGUGGCUAUAAAAAUCAAAAAAAAAAUUUUGAAAAUCUUACUGUAUUCCUACUGUAACAUUUCCAGAUACAACCCUCCCACUCUGUGGGGACGUAACGGCCAUCUGCAGACCGCCGUUUACGGCGUUCUCGGCCAUUCCUCGCUGAAACGCAGCUUCGACAAACGCCACACCGUGAAGCUUUCGGACGGAACCACCGUCUCUUUUGACGUCUUCGAGCCCACCAAACCCCAUCCAUCCGGCGAAGACUACACGAUGGCCCUGUGCCCCGGGAUUUGCAACCAUUCCGAGUCGAAUUACAUCCGCACUUGCGUCCACAACGCGCAGGAGAAUGGGUACAGAUGCGCGGUCUUGAAUCAUCUUGGAGCGCUGGCCAACAUACCGGUCACUUCGCCGCGAUUGUUUUCGUAUGGUAGGUUGGGGGAGGGGCAUGGAAAGGGUAUUUUUUGGGGGUGAAAAAUAAAAAAAAAUUUUUUUUUUUUGGAAAUUUUUUUACUAUGAUAAAUAAAUGGAGAUUAUACUUUUUUAAUACUUUUUUAAGGUCGAGUUUUACAAAAAAAAACAUGAUUUUUUUGUCGAAAAUUCCCGAAAUUUCAAAAAGAAAAAUUUUUUUUUUGAAAUUUUUUUUGAACUAUGGUUUUUUUUUUUUUUUUUGAGAUUUUUGAAAAAAAUCUGCAUGAAAUUGGCGAUAUAUCGAUGAAAAACACUUUUUCUCUACCUAUCUCCCUUUUUUUCGCAGUCUCUCGUUUUCAAAAAAAAAUUUUUGGGUCGAAUUGGCUCCAAAAUUGUCGAGAAAAACAUUAUUUUAGAUUCAAAAACCUCAUCGCUAAUCGAUUUUCUGCUCCAUUCAUGAAGAAAAAAUUGUAAUCGCUAUGGCAUUUACACAUUUUUCUCGUGACUUUACAAGUUUAAUCUUUAGAAAUCAAAGAAUCAGAAUUUUAUGUAGUGAAAUACUGUAAAUUAACCGAAAAUUCGAUUUUCAUGGCUAGUUAAAUUUGUGACUUAUGGUCAAAAGUAACUGUUUUGCUUUCUAAAAUUAAUUUAAAGAUGAAAAAUGGAACCGGGAUUCGAACUUGGGACCUUUGGAUUAUAAAGCGAAGCGGUUACCAGUUGCGCCAUGGCAACACAGUAUGUAAAAUCGUUCAAGAUCCAUUUUUAGGGAUCUAAAAGUUGAAAUAUAAAAUUCCAGAGCUUUUAUAUUGCAAAUUCGACAAUAAAAUUGAAAAAAAUGGUCGAAAAUCGACAAAAAAUUGAUAUUUUAAGCAAAAAUUCGACUAAAAUAAGGUCUUUCAAAAUUAACAAAAAAUUUUCAGGAAACACCGCCGAACUCAGCGCCAUGAUGGACACUCUGGCCCAGGUCUACCCACAGACUCGUUUCAUCCAGAUUGGAUUCAGUAUGGGCGCCAAUAUCACGACUUUGUACUUGUUCCGCGCGCCGGAAGAAAUCAAAAAACGAAUCAUAAUCGGGCUGUCGGUGUGCCAAGGAUACGACGCCGAACGCUCUGGCCAUCUCUUCCAUGACUGGGAAUGCGGCAGACGGGUCUACAAUUACAUUAUCACGGAGAAUGUGAAGAGGUUGUUGAGGAGAAAUUUUGACGCAGUGGUCGCGCCACAUAUCAAGUCGGGCAUUGUGGAUGAGCAACGACUCUUUGCGGCCACUUCGGUCCUCGGGCUGGACGAACAUUACACCAGGAGGAUUUUGGUGAGAUUUGAAGGGUUUUUUUGGGAAAAGUGACAUUAAUUUAGGUAGAAAUUUUUUAAAUUUAGUGGCUUUCGGCAGCAAAUAGUAUUUGUAUAUACUAAUUAGAGUGUAAAAUGACGGAAUAAUGUGAUUGGACAUCAAAAUUUUAAUUUUUUCGACAAUUUUUUGAAGAAAUUAUAUUACUUCAGGUCCGUCAGAUAAAAAAGGUCAGAACUUUGCUAAUUUUUUAAAGUUUUACUGUAAAGAUGCAUUUGAUAGGUCAUAAUUCAACCAAAGAUUUCAUUAGCCCAAAAAUUUCGGUAUAAAUUUAAUGUUUUGGUUGAGUUUUCACCAAUUUUUCGAUAUAUUACACUAGCUUAGAAAUGAUAAUUUUUGAUUAAUCAGUCCGUUUCUAACUGACUUAUUAGCUUAUUUAAGCUAUCUUUCGUCUAUUAAAAUCAAAAAUUCGUGAAUAUACUUGGAGUUUGCUCCAUUUUGGACCACUUUUUAUAUUGUACUAGACAAAAUUUUUAAAAAUCUCGAUUUUCCUCGCAAAAACUAUGUUUGAUGAAUACCCUGUUGUUUUUUCAGGGCUAUAACUCAGUGCAAGACAUGUACAAAGACGCCUCGUCGUUCGACAAAAUCCCCCGAAUCACAGUGCCAACAGUCUUUAUCAACGCCGCCGACGAUCCCCUGUUCCCUCAGCAGCUGUGGCAGCCAGUGAGGGAUGUGUGCUCGGAAAGCAGCAAACACGCGUUCGUCUUGAUGAAACACGGCGGGCAUUUGGGAUUCCUCGAGGGCUGGUCGGUGAAACCCUCAUCCGUGACCUGGCUCGACAAAUUUAUCGUUCAAUUGGCCAAUUCCGCGACUCAGACCCUCGGCGGUGUCGUUGAAAACUAA